AUAAAAUCCUAAUAAAUCAAUCUAUCAGUAGCAUAUAAAGCUAGAAACCAUUUCAAAUUCAAAAUUUCGAGUAAGAAUGUUUAGAUUUUGAUUUUGACACAAAUUUACUAAAACAAAUUCAUCCUAAUACGUAUAUAAGAAACAAAAAAGAUUUACCAAUAAGAAGAAACAAAUAAGUAACCAAACUACAAGCAACGCUUUCUAAAUCGGGCUCAAAUUUAAUAAAAUUGUAAACACUUCUAACAUUAUUUUAUAAAACAUAAUUCCGCAUUUUAACGCGGGUGAUAAUCUAGUUUCGAUUAAAUAUUGAUAUUUCAUACCACGUAUGUACAUACUUUUGAAGUUAUUUAAUUUUCUUGCAUCUAGAUAAUUCUCCUUUUGAUCGAAAAAAAGAAGAAGAUAAUUCUCCUAUAGUCCUAUUUAUUAAAAAAGAGUUAAUUCUCCCAAAAUAAGGACGUAAUAGUCAAAGACCCCUUAACAAGUAUAAAGUUGCUUCUUCCGCAAGAAACUUCAAACUCUUCUCCCAUUAACCUCUUUCUCGUCUCUGCAACUGCAACGCGUUCCUCCUCUGGAGAUUUCUUCGAAGUUUAGCGUUUUAUUCGUAAACCACAGAAGCUUUAUCUCCCGCGAUUCCCUGACUCUCUCUAAUGGCGGACAAUAAAGAUUUAGACUCAAAUCCUCCCGCAGAAGAUCUAACGAUUCGCCCAUUAAAGAAGAUAGAAAUAGCACACGAGUCCGAGUCUGAGCCCGAGCUCAAGAAACAGAAACUCAAAGAGCUCCAGAGAAAAGCUUUUUACUCUGUUCUCCAUGCUUCCAAAGCAGAAAACUCGGCGUUAUCACACAAGAAGUCUCAGAUCAUACAAAGGUUGAUGAAGGAGUGGAAGAUUGAUCAAGAAACUCACGUGUCUGUUGCAGAAAAGAUUGAUAACUCUGAAAAAAAUGUAACUUCGAGUCUCAACUCUGUUCCAGAGUCUCUUAUUGUGAAACGUAUCCGUGCAAGAUUGCAUGAUGAAGAUUGUCUCCCAAGUAACAAAAAUAUGAAACUCGAGGAGCUCCAUAAACAGGCUUGCGAGGAUGUUCUCAACGCUUUUAACGCAGAGUCUCCAACUCUAUCCAGCGUAAACCCUCUUUUAAAAUCUUAUGCCAAUGAUUCUGUUAGUACUCGAAGGAAAGGUUGUGUUCAUGUCUUGUCUUCUUUCAGUCAAGGGUUUUGAUAAUGCAAGACCUGCUUGAAGAAUGCAACAACAUCGCCCACAAAGCUCAUAUCAGUGCCAAGAUUUAUGAUAAAGUCGAAACUGAUCCUCUACUGGUCGAACCGUUCAUCAAAACUUUUAACACCUUAAAGAAGUUUUACCCUGCCGGCUGCAGAUUUCUUCCAUCUGAUGAUAUGAUGGCAAACUAUUAUCUGAAGAACAAAGUUCUAGGUCAGCCAAUGAACGCACGUAUCAUACCUGGAGAAUGUCCCCACAUCUUCUCAAUACCUCCUCGUGAUUUGCCUGGCUAUCCAAUAGAAACAAAAUGGCAUUGCUAUUGCAGGAAACCUAACGGCCAAGACCCUCGGAGUCUCUGGACACGAGUGGGUGAAGAUACUACUGUGUUUGGUCCACAGGGAAACGGUGUUGGUAUCAAACGUACAUAUGCUCUCACUGAUCAGGAAAAAGAAUCUGAUGACAUUUCUUUGCCUGGCGAGAUAGAACCUCCAAGAGAAGAGUGGUUCAUUGAAGAAAUUAGCCUCCCACCGUCUGUUGCUGAUACUGACUUGGUUUUCUGCCAUGUUAUUCUCAACAAGAUUGAGAAAGAAGAAGAAUAUGAAGAGGAAGAAGAAUAUGAUGAUGAUGAGGAAGAAGAAUAGGAAGAUUGUUGAUUUGUUUCCCCUGACUUCUUAUCUCAAAAAAUACUCUAAAUGAUUCAGUUUUUAGGGACUAAGUGAUAUGAUCUUUGUUUUUAGAUUUAAGUCUCUAUAAUCUAGUGAAAGUGUGAAACAUUACAUAAUGCUGUGAAGAGUUUUUCUUAUAAUCAUUUUCAGACUUUUAUGAGUCAGACACCAAAAACAAAAUAUCAAAAACCUUGACAUGGCAGUGAUCUCAUCCUGCAUUCCCUGCAAAUUUAAUCUUGUUUUCCUUCUGUGGCCAUUCCUUGAGAAAAAGGUAGGGAAUACACGAAGAAAAAGUUGGGAAAUUGAGGAAGAAACAUAUAUCAGGUUUUUUUUUUUGCAUGAGUAUAUGUAGACGAGCACACUUGUGUGUGGCUCUUUGAUAAAAAAUAAUGACAUUGGAAAUUUUGCAAUUGAUACUAUUACUCCUCUAAGUCCUCUUCCCAACU